CCACACCACACCAGUCUUCUUCCAUCCAUCUUCCUUCCUCUGCUUUCUCUUUCCCCAUUUAUUCAUUGAUGUCUCUCAACUUCCUUCCAUCACCAGAACAACAAGAAAUAAGGAGAAACACAGAAGAACUCUGAGAAAAGCCACACACAGAACAGAGGAGAGAAACAGAACAAGUGAUGAGAGCCAUGAAGGAGAAGAGCGAGAGUGGUGGCGGUGGAGGGUAUGUGAGAGCUGAUCAGAUAGACCUCAAGAGCCUCGACGAGCAGCUGCAGCGACAUCUCUCUCGCGCAUGGACUACGGAUCAGAAGAACAAUUCUGCCUCCACCAGGUCCGAGGGUGGCAGCGGAUUGCUUCAUCCACCUCUUCCUCCUCUGCCUCUCACCUCCUCUGCCUCUGCCUCUGCCACCUUCAACUCUGCCGCCGCCAUCCCCGCCGUGGUAACUGGGCGGAGGCCCGAAUGGGAGAUUGACCCGGCCAAGCUCAUCAUUAAGUCCGUCAUCGCUCGUGGCACCUUCGGCACCGUCCACCGUGGCAUUUACGACGGCCUCGAUGUUGCUGUGAAGCUGCUAGAUUGGGGAGAAGAAGGUCACAGAUCAGAUGCAGAAAUUGCAUCACUAAGGGCUGCUUUUACUCAAGAAGUAGCUGUCUGGCACAAGCUUGAUCACCCCAAUGUCACCAAGUUCAUAGGGGCUACCAUCGGAUCAGCAAGUCUAAACAUACAAACUGAGAAUGGACACAUGGGUAUGCCAAGCAAUAUAUGUUGUGUGGUAGUGGAGUACUGCCCCGGUGGUGCUCUCAAAACCUAUCUCAUCAAGAACAGACGAAGGAAGCUGGCCUUUAAAGUGGUCGUUCAAAUUGCACUCGAUCUCGCCAGAGGGUUGAGCUACCUACACACCAUGAAGAUCGUCCACAGGGAUGUGAAAACGGAGAACAUGCUCCUUGACAAGUCGAGGACCGUCAAGAUAGCCGAUUUCGGUGUUGCUCGCCUCGAGGCCUCGAACCCCAACGACAUGACAGGAGAGACGGGGACACUGGGGUAUAUGGCACCAGAGGUUCUUAAUGGCAAUCCGUACAACAGGAAGUGUGACGUGUACAGCUAUGGCAUAUGUCUAUGGGAGAUAUAUUGUUGUGACAUGCCGUACCCUGACCUUAGUUUCUCGGAAAUGACAUCGGCUGUCGUUCGGCAGAACCUGAGGCCCGAGAUACCGAGGUGUUGCCCUAGCUCGCUGGCAAACGUGAUGAGGCGAUGCUGGGAUGCAAACCCUGACAAGAGGCCCGAGAUGGAGGAGGUCGUUACGAUGUUGGAAGCAAUUGACACGUCGAGAGGUGGAGGGAUGAUACCUGGGGAUCAUCAGCCUCAGAGCUGCCUUUGCUUCCGCAGGCACCGAGGGCCAUGAAAAUGGAAAUUGCUUCAUCUCAUUUGUGAUGGUGACUGCUUUGGAAUAUACUGUAAAGUCCUUU